GUCCUAAAAACAUUAAAUGAUUAGCAUAUAGUUGUUCUGGGAUUGAAUCUCUUGUGAAAUAGAUGUUUUCUCAGCUGAGUGAAGUACACACUUAGAUGGAAUAAAUAACGUGGGUAGGGUGUAUAAGAUGUAGUAAGUACUCUAACAGUGGAGAUAAUGAGUGAAAAGUUUUAUUUGAUUUAUGCAGGAUGACACUCGCACAUAACAGCUGGAGACACCGCUGUGCGGUGCGCAUGCGAGUCACAAGCGCACACAAGCAGAGAAGUUGUAUCCUGUACGGGUUCUGGGUGCAUGUGUCCUGGAGGGAAACUGAUUCUGCCUGUCUGCAGUGGUGAGCGCCGUUUCAUUCCCACCCGGAGAGCCCAAUACUGCUAACAGAAUCAAGUAACUCCAAGCCAUUGACCGACGGGCGACCCGGGGUUACGAAACAAGCCCAACAGCUCUCCGGCCAACAGUUUGAGACCUAACCAGAAUAACGCAGAAGCUAGAUAGCUAACCUGAAAUGGCGACGGCAAUAUACUUGGAACAUUAUCUUGACAGUAUUGAAAAUCUACCAUGUGAACUACAGAGAAAUUUUACUUUAAUGCGGGACCUGGACAACAGGACUGAAGAAAAGAAAGGAGAGAUUGACAAACUGGCUGAGGAGUACAUAGCGAAUGUGAAGAACUUGGCGUCAGAACAGAGAGUGGAACAUCUGCAGAAGAUCCAAAACGCCUACAGCAAGUGCAAAGAGUUCAGCGACGACAAAGUCCAGCUUGCAAUGCAGACAUAUGAAAUGGUGGACAAACACAUCCGCAGACUGGAUGCAGAUCUGGCGCGGUUCGAGAAUGAGCUGAAGGAGAAACUGGAAGUGAGCGGCUAUGAAAGUACAGACGGAAGAGCACUGAAAAAAGGUGAUUCGCGGGGGCUGAGAGAGAAACGUGGAUCCAGGGGAAGAGGAAGGAAAGGUUCUGAUGAAGAUUCUCCCAGAAAGAAAAAGAUGAAAAACAGUCCAGACUUGAGUGACGCUCUCCUGCCCAUGCAGCCGUCGGACGUUUUAGACAUGCCAGUCGAUCCCAAUGAGCCUACGUACUGCCUGUGCCAUCAGGUGUCGUAUGGGGAGAUGAUCGGAUGUGAUAACCCAGAUUGUCCGAUCGAGUGGUUUCACUUUGCUUGUGUUGAUCUCGCCACAAAACCCAAAGGAAAAUGGUUUUGUCCAAGAUGCGUCCAAGACAGGAAGAAGAAAUGAGAUUUAUUUUUCAGAAAUACUUAACUGAUAAUGUACGUACUUUUGGUGUAGUUUAAUGGUGUAACAUAUAUGUAUUUCAGUUCCUAUCACUCUCCAUAGAAAGUGUGGGUCAUACAGCUUCUCUUCAAAGGCCUAAUCCGGAUUUGGAGUGUAGCUACACUUGUGGCGACAUCAUCCUCCCCUCUACUGCCUUUCCUUUGUUUGUGCUAUUGGAUUUUAAGAUCACUCUUUUUUUCCAUUAGCUUUCAAAUAAUUAAUCCACCUAUAUGCUAUUUGUGUAAAUUUGCCUGCGUAGUGUAGUUUAAAUUGCACAAAUGAUUGCCAAUCAGAGAGUCCUUCUCCUCAAGUCAUAUAUUUGUGUAUAUUGUCAUAACUAACGUACUCAGAAAUCUUGGAUUGUGGCUUUAGUAUACUUGAAAUAUCAAUUUUAUAAAGAACUAUUUUUUAAACAAAUUAACAGCCUGCUGAGAAAACAGUUUUAAUCACGUAAAUCCACCCAAAUAAUGGUGGUAAAAGGAAUUAUGUGUCAGAUUUUCUGUUACUACCUCCUUAACACAUCAGCACUGCAUAAAUGACUGCAAUUGAUACCAAUGUAAAAAAAAAUGUGUUUUGAUUAGCUUAAACCAAACAAGCAAUGUAAAUUAAUUCUUUACUGAUUUUCAAAAAAACCUGCGACAUCUUUGAAUGUAUUGUGGUACUAAUGGUCAGUCAGUCAGUCAGUGUCUCUUGUCAACUGAAUGAGGUAUUUAAGCACUUUGAAUGAAAUUUUCCCCUGAAGAGCUUUGAUACUGCAGGCUUGGUUUUAUAAUAUAGUUUAUCUCAUCUAAAACUUGGCCAUAGUACAUUGCUUCAAACCAUAUAUGGAAAUAUAUAUAUAUUUUGUAUGAUAUGAAAUAAUAUUUUGUGGACACAGUUUUUUUUCCAAAGAUAUAUUUGUUGUAUUGCUUACUUAUUGGUGAACACUCAAAUUUUAUUUAAUAGGAUUUUAGCAUCUUCUUUCUUUCAUAUUCAACUGUGAAUGUCACUCAUUUAGGUGUAAGCCACAAAUAAAAGAGCCAAAGUCUU